UUUUAUAUUAGGGCUGCAUAAGAUAAAUGAAAGGGUCCUUCGAUUUAACUGUCAGUUUUGAGGUUUUGCUUUUUUCCGUAAAUAACCUAAAAUUUGAGCGUCGUAAACGUUUUACAAGUUGUAUAUUAAAUUCAAAAGCCUUUUACAAUAAUGAACGCCUUUGCACACUUGGACCUCUUCGAUGGUAUUCCCGCGAAAUGUCCUGUUAAGGACUGUCAUUCGCAACUGACGCCACAGGAGCUGCUGGCGCAUCUGUUAAUGCGCCAUCGCCCCGAGGACUCGAUGCUGGAGAUCGGCGCCGAAUGGCACACUGUCUAUGACCUGGACUUGGCCAAGCUGACGCCGGGCUGCAAUCAUGUUGUGGGUGUGAUUGCGUACGCCGGCUCGAACAAUGCGAGCCGCAGUCGUCCCAUCGGGCCGGAGCUGCAGCUGGUACAUCAUCUGCCCAUAAUACUAAUGCUGUAUGUCAGCCCGCCAGCGCCCAAUCUGGAGCAGAUGUACGUACUCUAUCUGAUAAGUCCGGUUGCGUCACGCAAAGUGAGCGCCCAUGUCAGUCUGCUGCACGGUCCGGAGGGACGCGAGGUACGUGGCCUGCGCUGCUUGCGCAACUUUCUGGAUGCCCCGCUCCUGGACAGCGAGGAGCUGCUCCACAGCAACAUGGACUAUUUGAUCUACACGGCAACAGACGUCUGGGAGCAUUGCACGACUGGCGAUCGCUGCAAGCUCCAGUUUAAGGUGGUCCUGCACGGCGAGCCGGACUUGUUUGAAAUGGAGGAUGAUCAGCAGGAGGAGACACUGUGGCAAGCCACCCAAUAAUGACUCACGGAUCUGACACCAAACAGCUGGCCCACUACCAAAAACUAUUGAUCCAUUGACGCACUCUGGCGGUUUGAGUGCCUGUCAAUAAUCUGUUGUUGUUGUUGUUAUUGAAUGAAACGCUGCUUAGCUGUCAGAAAA